UAUAAAAAAGGCCUGACAAGCCUUACUGUAGAUGAGGGUGUGAGAUUGUGCAUGCCGCUGCAUGGAUGGUUGGACGGUUUUCUUACUUGACUCUUGACAAGCCACUAAAAUGAACCUGGCUCCGUUCUGUCACCUAUCACUGCUCCUCCUGCUUUUGGUAAACCCGACAGGUGUGCAUGGGGCGAGAAUCAUCGGGGGCGAAGAGGUACAACCCUUUUCCAUCAAGUAUCAGGCCUCGAUCCUGUUCUUGAACUACCACUUCUGUGGAGGCACCCUCAUCCACAAGCAGUGGGUGGUGACUGCUGCCCACUGCUGGCGACCGAGUCACCUGAUCCAAGUGGUCUUGGGUGAUCAUGACAUAACCAAGCAGGAGGGUCCUGAGCAGAGGUUCAAAGUUGCCUUGGUCAUCAGUCACAGCCAGUACAAAUAUUGGACUUUUGACAAUGAUAUUAUGCUGCUUAAGUUGGACCGCCCAGCUGACAUCAACGGCAUUGUCCAGCCGGCCUCCCUGCCAGACCCGGACUCGCCACCCUUGGCUGACUUUGCCCAGUGCACCGUCAGUGGCUGGGGUGUGACUUGGCUGUACAGCUACGAGCUGUCCCCCGUACUCAAGUCUGUCAAUGUAGACAUCUUUAACAACUGUCAGUAUUACUACUACUUCAGGGUCACAGACAACAUGAUCUGUGCUGGAUCUCUCUCUGGGGGGAGAGACUCCUGUCAGGGGGACUCAGGAGGACCUCUUAUGUGUAAUGGUAAAUUCAUGGGCAUUGUAUCGUGGGGCAUCGGUUGUGCCAAUCCGUACUACCCGGGCGUGUACACCAAAGUCAGAAAUUACCUCGGAUGGAUCAACUGGGUUACUCAAAACAGCUGAAGAGACUCUUAAUAAGAGGCUCACCUAGAACUCUACUGUGAUGAAGAUUCAAGUCAAUCCUAAAGGAACCAAAGGCCUUGCUGGAUAUUUUAGUUAUCUUGUAUGUGGUACAUUUAGUCAAAAAAACAAAUAAUCUCUAGCACACACCCUGUGAGUAUGAACCCAGUCAAUAUAAACAGUGACGUUUUGUUUUUGUAACACUUGAAUGAUCAGAAAGACGAGACUGCUUAUGGUGAAAAAAGGUUUGACAUGCCAUGAUAAAGAUAAAUGCACUUUGUAUAUUACUUCUUUCAUUAGGUUGUGGUGUUUUCCAGAAAACGUAUUAAUACAUUUCACAGAUUUUGAUGAUUUUGGUCUUCGAAGCCUCCAUUUCUCCAUUGAAAUAAAAGCAGGACUCAACAAUAAAGAUAAGUCUUUUCUAAAA